AUCCCACAACCUACAAUCAAAACCCAUCUCAGUCUCCAUUUUCUGAAUGAUCUAUCAAUUAUAAAAUCAAGAAUUUCUGAAUAAAUUGCUAAAAUAAAUAUCGGAAAAUAUAUUCAAAGGCUUUUCAAAUCCUGUCCGCGUCACUACUACGUUUACUUCCCUUUCACCUGUUCCUCCCACUAAUUGCGCCUCUCGUCUCUCUCUCUCUCUCUCUCACUAGACACACAGUUACCUCCUUAUGUCCAAACGACAAACAUUAUCAGACAGCACCAUCACUUACCAUGUCCGCCCUCUCCCUCGUCAUCCUCUUCUCUCUCCUCCCCUCCCUCUCCUCCUACCCCUUCAACUACAGCGUCCACAUUGACUGCGGCGGACUCGUCAAUUCCAGCGACGCCUUCCACACCGCCUGGCUCUCCGACCGAUUCUACUCCGGCGGUGCCACCUCCGUCGUCUCCGAACCGCUCCGCUUCCUUCACCAGCAGGAGAAGACGCUCCGCUACUUCCCCAUCUCCUCCGGCAAGAAGAACUGCUACUCCAUCCCCACCGCCGCCGCCGAGGGCCGCUACUUCUUCCGCACCUUCACCGUCUACGACAACUUCGACGGCAAGGCGCACUCCCCCUCCUUCGACGUCUCCGUCGAGGGCACUCUCGUCUUUUCCUGGAGAUCCCCAUGGCCCGAAUCCGUCUCCCGCUCCGGCGCCUACUCCGAUCUCUUCUUCUACCACAACGACUCCGCCAUCGACGUUUGCUUCUACAGCAUUGCCACCGAUCCGCCGGUAAUCGGCUCCUUGGAGCUCACCCAAAUUGACCCGCAAGCUUACACCUUUGAGUAUGCCAACAACUCCACCAAUUAUAUUCUCGUCAAUUACGGUAGAUUUUCGUCCGGCUCGGAUCAAUGGGGCCCCGGAUUCAGCAACGACACCGAUUUCUUCAGCCGAUCGUGGCAGUCCGGUGCGGAUUUCCGGCCAUCAUCCGUCUCCACUGCAAACGGGGCGGAAAUCAAAGCGAUUUCCGCGAUUAAACCAAUCGCGAAUGUCGAAUUGAGCCCUAAUUACUUCCCCGAGAAGCUUUACCAGACCGCGAUAAUGGCGCAGGGAAAUGGGGGCGGGAUUUUGGAGUACGAAUUGCAGGUGGAUGCGAAGCUUGAUUAUUUGCUGUGGUUCCAUUUCGCUGAGAUUGAUGUGAGCGUGAGCAAGGCGGGGCAGAGGGUGUUUGAUGUGAUUGUGAACGAGGAGAAUGUGAGCAGAGUUGAUGUGUUCGACAAAGUCGGUGGCUUUGCUGCUUAUGAUUUCAGCUAUGUUGUCAAGAAUUUGAGUAACACUCUUUUGACUGUGAGGUUGGAAUCGGUUGUGGGCGCGCCCAUCAUUUGCGGUCUUGAGAAUUAUGCCAUCGUGCCCGUUGAUCUCAAGACUCUUCCUGAUCAGGUUACUGCUAUGAAAGCACUGAAGGAAUCACUGCGGGUGCCUGAUAGAAUGGGUUGGAAUGGAGAUCCAUGUGCCCCGACUACUUGGGAUGCUUGGGAGGGUGUUACAUGUCAUCCAUUGAAAGACCAGGCCCUUGUCAUCUCGCAAAUAGAUCUUGGAAGCCAAGGCUUGAAAGGUUAUAUAAGUGACAAAAUUAGUCUAUUGGCGAAUUUGGUAAGCCUGAACUUGAGUUCAAAUUCCUUGGUAGGGGAGUUACCCUCAGGGUUGGGUCAAAAGUCUCUGGUGAAGCUUGAUUUAUCGGAUAACAAAUUUACUGGAUUCAUACCAGAUAGUCUAACUUCUUCCAGCCUGCAGCUCGUGUUACUGAACGAUAACUUAUUGGAAGGGCGAGUUCCUGAAGAACUUUACUCGAUUGGGGUUCAUGGUGGCACUAUAGAUCUCUCUGCUAACAAAGGAUUGUGUGGUGUGCCCUCGCUGCCCGAAUGUCCUCUGUUCUGGGGAAAACACGGCCUCUCCACCGGGGGGAAAGUUGCAAUAGGCGUCUCGUGUCUGGUAGUAGUUUCUGCUCUGCUAUUCGGGAUAUACUACUGCGUUGUCAUAAGGAGACGCAAUGACUAUGACUUUGGUUUGCCUCACGAACUCAUGUCUCUUGCUGCAAAGAGAAAUCGAUACCACCGACAAAAAUCUUUGAUGGCUCUGGAAAUGGAGAGCCAGCAUGCUAAAGGGUUCAUACCAACUUACAAUGUGAGUUGAUGGAUGCGGAGGUGUUGUAUACAGAGAUACAGAUUUUUAUAGGUAUAUGGAUGGAAUUCGAGCAGUGGUGGCCGGAAAAAAUGGUGCUGCUGUGCUGCUUACUGGCUGAGGAAGAUCUGAUGCAGGAAGGCAGAUUGUGUUAGAGAUUUGAGUGUUGGGAAAACCACAUUGUUUUGUUAAUAUUUGUGGCAAAUUAUUUGGAUCAACAUAGCAGAGGUGAUAUGCCAGUUUUUGCUCUUUAGUCAGUCAGCAUACCAUGUAAAAUUAUAUUUAUUCAGUGCGAAAGCAACAAUCUAUAGCAAUACCAUGUGUUUAUUAUA